UCUCCUCCUCCACCUCCUCCGCCAACAAACUCUCCGCCUCCACCUCCGCCACCAACAAACAGUCCUCCUCCUUCACCACCUCCGCCACCAUCAAUAGCAACUCCUACAGGUCCAAGAAUACUUUCUGCAACAUCUACAAUACCGACGAAAACUUUACCUACUCACAACGCUAUUUCAAUCACGCUCCCGGCUUCGCGGGCCGUGCCCUCCGCUGCGACGCCUACUCCUGCACAAAUUCAGAUGCAGCCGCCACCUCCACCUCCAACACCACGUCCACGCUCACCGCCCAAGCCUUCACAACCCAAAACAUAUUCACUUCCACCGCCGCCUGCCUGGCCUCCACCUGUAGACCAACUUCCGUCCGACGUACGCGCACAUCGAGUCAUCUAUGAUUCUACGGUGGCGCUGCUUCCCGCUCACGAUUUGAUUAGCAAGGACAAAGACUUGAGGGAAAAGGAAAGAGAGGCCAAGAUUGCAAGAGAUCGAGCUUUGGAACGCGCUGCAUUGACCUCAGGAUAUGUUAAACUCGGCGUGAAGAGCCAGAAACCAGUUGAUCUCGGGCCGAACCCUGAUUUGGACACGAUGAUGAUGGAUAUUGAUUUCAGUAAGGGUGAAGGCACGUCAACAGGGGCCGGUACGCUUGCUGGAGCUUCGGCACUGGGCUACAACGGAUACACCUCAAUUGGUCGUCGAGGAAAAGACAAGAGUUCGAGUUCAGAGUAUUUCGAUGUCCUAGCUGCGGCGAUCAAGCGUGCGAAGAACCAAGUCUCAUCUGAAUCUUACCCGCGGAUUACUGGCAAGGGCAAAGGGAAAGAAUCAAUCAUACGCUACGAGGGCCAGGUAUUAGAAGAUGGAGAAUGGGUGUGGGUGCCAGAGGAGGAAGUUGCUGACUUCUCGACAAACGCGGUAUCACCAAUCACCCCCUCGAUGUCUUCUUCAGUUUCAGCAUCGCUUUCCGUGUCGUCUUCAGCAUCCGCAUUUUUGGCUAAACUUCGCAGCAGUGAAAGCGUGGCAAGUCCUACUCCUGAGGGUCUGAGCAGAAAUGACAACAGUGACGAAGCACGCGGGUAUUGGGUAUGUGAGAGAAUACCCGUACCCCGCGAUCCGAGACGAACGAUGGUCAAGGAUAGGGACAAGCCCGUAGUAGGUGAGGAUGGGGCGCAAGUCAUAGAUGUGGAAAAGGAAUCUCAAUUGUUAUGGUUGAAGGAUCGAGAAAAAAAAGUCAGAUCACAAUUUUACAUGCUUGAUGAAUAUGAGUAUGACCACCUAACAUCCACCUCGCCCCCUCCUCCCUGCAAAGUCAUCAUUACUAACAUUGCCCUCCUCACCCCAACAAACGUUCUCCGUGCCCAUUUCUCUCAGUACGGCAACAUCAUGAGCUUCGAACCACAAAUCGAUAAGCAGAACGGCAGCUCGCUUGGUAUUGUGUGCAUACGAUACCCUACUCACAUUGAGGCAAAACGGUGUGUGGAAAAGGAAAACGGGCAGAAAAGGCCUUGGGCUGGGGCUGGGUAUGGUCCAAAUGGUGUUGGGGGAUAUCAUGAUCAUGGACCAAACGGAAAUAUCAAAGGAGAUGCUGGAGACCAGAUACAAGUCGAUUUCGAUGGGACUGGUCAAAAGCUUGCUGCAGUGUUGAAAGAGUUGGAUGACAGGAAGAAUGGAAGGAAGAAAGCAGAACCUGCGCUCCCAAUUGUGCCUCCGUUAGCAAACUCGAAUAUGAACAGUGGAAAUUCGAGUGUCCGUGUUCCUGACCAUCAAACACCAACACAGACUCAGACUUUGACGUUCAAACUUCCUUCGAGCUUACCUCCCCGUCCUUCAAGCUUACCACUUCCUCCACAGUCGAAUUCAAUGUCCGGUUCAUACUCCCCUGUUCCCUCUCUACCUUUGCCUCCGUCAUCGUCUUCUUCUCAUCAACGUUCAGGUCCCCCGUUAUUACAUCCGAGCCUUCCAAUGCGUCCUAUAUUGGAUACUAGAGAUAGUAGAGAACGGGAACGAGAAAGAGAGAGAGACCGCGAUAGAGACCGUGAACGUGACAGGGACAGGGACAGAGAGCGGGAUAGAGAUCGUGACCGUUCAAUACUUGCUACUCCUGCUUCAGGUUCCGCUGGUCCUUCUUCAGCUCAUGGCGGGUCCACGCCGCGGCCGAAUGGUUCAUCGUCUGCUUCCGCUGUGCCACUACCGUCUUCAUCCUCCUCCGUUCUAACAAGUAAAACAAGUAAACUCCCAAAUAUUCCUAGCAAACCCAGUGGAGUGACCAUCGCUACAAGUAUGAAAGCUAAUCCUCCACCUGCACUGAUAAAGGCUAGGGCUCAUUUGAAGAGGAACGCGCUGUUGAGGAAACCUGAAGGAGAGGAGGAUCCAGCAGGACUAGGUAACGGCAAUGGAACGCCGGUGCAGAUUCGCCUGGAGAAUGAAGCCAAAGAGAGGGAGGAUGAUAGGGAAAGAGAACGGGACAGGGAAAGAGGAGAGAGGGGUAGGGACAACGAUAGAGAUAGAGAUCGGGACAGGAGACGCAGUACGGAUAGGUACGGAGAGAGGUUACCUCCUUCGCAAUGGAGAGCGGACAGAGAAAGAGAGCGGGAAUGGAGGUCAGGACGAAGCCCAAGUACAGACAGUCGAGAUAAGUAUGGAUCUGGCCGGAGAGACAAUCGAAAUCUUCGUCGGGAUCGAGAUCGCGGUGACCGAAAUCGUAGUCUGUCGCCUUAUGAUGACGGUAGGACGUACAUUCCCGGGAAUACGAGGUAUGGUGCUGGAUCUGAUAGAUGGAAUCAUCAUUACCGUCGCCACGAUCGUUCUCCUCCGCCCUCGUAUUCAAGGAGAGACCGUUUUUUGCGCAGGUCACCCCGGGCUUCUAGGUCUCCUUCGUCGGCACGGCCCACGCGGUCGAUGGGUUGGGAGAAGGAUCACGGAGAUGUUCUUGAGGAGUUGGGGAAAAGCAAAUUUCCGCAUCUUAAAUUAGAGCCAGAUGCAGGAGGACACUUCCCUCAUCAGGUGCAGGAAGAGGAUGUCAAGGCUCUCCUGGCAAGUUUUGAAAUUGAUAAGGUCUUGAAAUCCCUGCAAGGAAUUUUUGUCACUUUCGCGAAAGACUCUGCUCGGCGGGCUGCUACCUACAUCAAUGGCGCUGCAGAAGCGAAGUUGGCUUUUCUCAAAGUAAAGGCGACCGCUUGUGCUCCUCCUAUUCCUGUCAAAACCACCUGGACUGACGAAGAGAUGGUUCUCAAAGCCAAGGAAAUCAUCACCGAUGAACUCAAGAGUGCUUUGCAGCAGGAUAUCUUGAGUAAAUACAUUGGUCCUCAGUUGAAGACAAUGAUCAAUGAGCUUCAAAAUUACCCGUCUGUGGAACUUGGGACAGUAAAAGAGUCUGGUGUUUCGAUGGUGGACCAAAUCAAUGCGAGGCAGCUGGGGCUCGUAGGGUUGUCUUUCAAAAAGCAGCGAAAGGAGAGGAAACCUGUAGUAGAGGAGAUUGUUCAUGAGGUUGAUGUGGAGGAGGAGCAGGAUGAGGAUGAGGAAGAGCGGCCUCCAAAGAAGAAGCGGAAGAAAGACGUCGUUUUACCCAAGAAGCAGAGGAAACGCGUGCUCGACGACGAAGGCGAGUCGGAGGUGGAGUCAGAGGACGGGGACGAGGAUGUCAUUCCUGCAGAUGAACGCUUCAGGAAGAGACCGCUCUCUGUGGAGUCUGAAUCUGAAGCUGAAGAGCCCGUAAAGAAGAAGUCUAAAAAAGAAGAGAUCAAACGGAAAAAGAAGGAAGUGAAGAAAGUUGGCAAGAAAGACAUUCAUGAUCAUGUUGUUCUUCCUGAUAACGAAUAUGACGCUCCCGCACUUGAUCUCCGGCUUACUCCUGGAGCAGACUCGUUGAUCGCUCCGUCGCGCUCCGUCACCCCUCUUGACUCCCGUGUGCUUACAACUCCUCCGCCUACGCCGCCUCCUGUUGACCCAACGGAGGGUGUUUGCGAUGACGACGAAGAUCUCUAUUACGCCAAGCUCGUUCUCUCAGGACGCGUACCGUCAGAUGACAAGAUCAAAAUCCUUUCUCCUCCUCCAACCCAAGAGACAGACGAAGGUCAGUCCCUUCUCCGGAAGCACGUUACUGGAUCCGCCCGCACGGAAGGCUUUUACAAAAUCACGCACGCUGAAAAGGCUGUAUAUGUCACUCAGUACCAAGCGAGGACAACGAACGCCGCAGCUGCUGCCGCCCAAGAAAUUCUUCCCGAAGAAAGCAAACCUCAGCACGUUACCUCAUCUCGUUCUAACCGUGCUAACGCUCGUCGUCGUGCACAGGGUCUAGAAGAGAUCAACCAGGUUCAACGGGCCGUUGCUCUUUCCAAAGGAGAAGCAGCAAGUGAACUUACGUUCAAAUUCAACCAGCUGCAGACGAGGAAGAAACAUCUGCGUUUCGCUCGUUCUCCGAUUCACGACUGGGGUCUUUAUGCAAUGGAACGAAUUGCGCGGGGAGAGAUGGUUAUCGAGUAUGUGGGCGAGGUUAUCCGCGCACAGGUGGCGGAGAAGAGAGAGAAGACCUAUGAGCGCCAGGGAAUUGGCAGUAGUUAUCUGUUUCGCAUUGACGAGGAUUUGGUCGUUGACGCUACCAAGAAGGGCAAUCUUGGGCGUUUGAUUAAUCACUCGUGUGACCCCAAUUGCACAGCGAAGAUCAUCACUAUUAGUGGCGAGAAAAAGAUUGUAAUAUACGCCAAACAGGAUAUUGAGCUCGGUGACGAGAUCACCUAUGAUUAUCACUUUCCAUUUGAGCAAGACAAGAUUCCUUGUCUCUGUGGCUCAGCUAAAUGUCGUGGCUUUCUCAAUUAGAGACGAUUGCAUGGUCCUACCUAACUAUUUCGCUUUCCUCAACCAUCUUCUCUCUUUGCAAACAUCUCAUCUUCUACUGCUUUGCUGUGAUUCUAUUUUCUAUCAUAU